AUGCUGCCAGCCUACCAGAUGCCAUUCGAUCCGCAGAGCUUCAACUACUACGCCUACAAGUUGGUUUCAUCCUCUUUUUCUGCUUUCAAGGAGCUUUCUGAACAGUCUGGAGACUCUUAGGAGAAGCUGUGUGACAACUUUGGUUUCAGGGAUUGCUUGAGUGGUUAUAGAGCCUUUAUAACGUUUUUUAAAAAAGGUCAUGCUCAAUUUGGCUUUUAGGACCUGAGAUUUUGAAGCUUAAAGAGCUUACCUGCAAGAGCUUUUCUUCAUUUUAGAUUUUUUGGGCUUCAGCGAUUUUUUGAAAGAUAAGUCAAGCCAUCCUGAAUCUUGGGAAAGCUUUCCAGGAAUAGCUGUGAUCAUUUUCGUUAUUUAGGAGAAUCCAGGCUCUUCUCAAGCCUCAGCAAAGUUCUCCAAAGAAGUUAAUGAAGGCUUUUUUCGAAUUUUUUCUUGUUAUCCGUACAGCUAACAUUCUUCUGAAAUUGUGUAGACUUUCUCAAAAAUUUCUUCAGACAUUUUUGCUCUGAGGAGCUGCCAAAUGCAUUCCUGAGGUGCAUUGAAAGUUAUAAGCUUGCUGGAAGAAGCUUUCGAAAAAAAAUAGGACUAUUUUGAAGCUUUACUCGAUCUUCUUAUUUCUAUUGAAAUAUUUUCGUAGUGACCGUCUUAUUUGUUUCAAAAUACGAAAAUUAUAAGCCUUAUUAGAAAAAUAGUCAAUUUUUUGCUCUAUUGUUCGAUUUAUGAACUUUUGAUAUGCUUUUGAGUUUUCUUCACUUCACCUAUCAUUACGGUAAAAGUGUGAAACUCUAAACUGCUUCCAGGAAGUUAGGGUAGAUAUAGGAAGUCUUGCACCUGGUAGGACAAUCUGUUCUUCCCAUAGGCGUGUUGGAGUUGGUACCAAGUGAGAUUGCUCUCUAUGACUCGUAGGCUGUGCCUCAAGGAAGUUAGAGAGGCUCGAACCAAGAAGGAUGAUCUCAUCUUGCUUCAGGGGUGUUGGAGUUGGUCAUAAGACUGCAUGUACCUCAAGGAAGUUAAGGUGUCUUGGAAGGACAGUCUCAUCUUCCCACGGGCGUCUUAGAAAAUAAUUUAGCUUACGGUGUUGAGGUAAUGCCUAUAGGAAGUCAGGCUGGAUUUGGGUAGUUUCGCACCUUGAUUUAGGUAUGAGUUGGUACUAAGAACCGGUUACGGCUUUGAUUUUGUUAUUAAGAACCUAAAAACACUCAUAUUUUGAGUAAAAACUUCUAACAACAAAAAAGAAAAUAUCAGAUCAGUUAGGAGGCCUUAGAGAACUUCAAGAAGUUUUUUCCAAUAUCAAGGUAAGCACGGAAAGGCUCGAUUUUCUUAUUUUAAACUUUGCCGAUUACUUAGAAAAAAAUGUAGAGAAUUCGAGCCUUAAUGAAAUCAGAGAAUGGCGUCCUUUGAAAAUCACAGAAAAAUUAGUGUCAGAAAAUGUUUUUCUGUGUGUAAAUCAAUUUCCUGUAAAAGUUUUUUGAUCACGAUUUUUACAAUUCGAAGCUAUCAUUAUUAUUUAGAAAACCUUUCUCUAAUGCCCAACUCCGUUUAGCUUCAAAAAGCAGCCCGUGUUUGCCCAAGCCUUCUCUUACCAAAUAUCCAACUGCGCCAAAUCGUAGCGCACUAUGACGCCACGCCAUCGACGAGUUGAGUCGGCCGCCGCUCGGUUCGGGUCAAGCACGAACCGAGAGAGUGCCUAGUUAAUGGAGGGUCCAGAGAAACGCUUGGGCCACCUGGGCAGCUCUAAUCGAGAUAACGAAAGUUGGCAUCCCGCCAACAGGGCGUGCGCGUCUAGAGGGAUAUCCGGAGUGCUUGAGAGGGGUUUUGGAGAGGCUGAGAAGGGGUUACUGUGGAAUGGGUUCGGAAGGACUGUGAACCUUUCUGGAAACUUAUUUAAUUUUUUUAAGAAUUUGAAAAAGUUUUCUACGGUUCCUUUAUAAGCUGAGGACCAGAGAUGCAAAAACAUGAAUUUUCAGAAUUAUUUGAAAAUUUUUCAAUUGUUUCGCUUGCUUUAGAUGAAGUUUGUAGAUCCUUCGAGCCAAAAAAAAAUUGGGAAAAUGAGAGUUUUAAAGCUACCUUUUGAACCUGCAAGCUUUACCAAAACUCCAAUUUGAGCUAGGUAAAUGGGCCUUUACGGACCAUUAGUUCUGAAUAAUUUCAAUUAAUCCAGUUGCUUUCUAUUGAGUUUCCCUGCAUCUAGAAGAUUCUAGAAGGCUUUCAGAAGCUGAGUGAAUAGUUUUUAAUAUAUUUUACACUUGGAAAUCUUUCAUUUUUCCUUUUCCAGCCACCUGAACGCGUACAGUGCCGCGACGACGGGUCCACCGCCAUAUUAUCAGCCGGAAUCGACGUCCGACGAGUCCACCAUUUCAAAUGGCGGUAAGCUCGACCCGAAGACCUCGCCAAAGUGAGUUUGACUUCUUCUUUUUUGGAGGGUUUUGGAGUUGACCAAGCCAUUUUUAGUUCAAAUUUGUGAAUUUCCAUCAAAAACAAAUUCAAUGCUCACUCCAGCUUCCCUCCCUUUCUAAUGAUGUUUUCAGGUGGUGUUUCAGUGUGUUCAGCAACAAGUUCUGCGGCUGGAGGAGCAUGGCUUUAGGUCUUAAGAAAGCAUUUUUUCAUUAGUAGCGAUUAAAAAAAAUUGUGAUUUUUUUAAUGAAUUUUUCGAGUUCCCAGGGCUUCCAAUCUAAGUUCUAAGUCUUCUGGAACCUUGGAAAAAAUCUUCAGAACUUUUUCUAAGGUUCUAAUGACACAGCCUAGGACCCUGAGAACUUCAAUCCAGUUUCUGAAGAUCAAUCGUUAGUUCUGAGCCUUUCAGAAGCUUCAAAAACUUCCCUAAGCUUUCAAAGACCGAGUCGGUCAGUUUUAUUCCCGUUAGAGCCUUUCAAAAAUCAUUAUCAAAAACAUAAAGUUUUCUAAGUUCCUAAAAACCAACUUCAUGCUCCGAAGCCCCUCUACAGCCUCAGUAACACCGUUGCGCUCAGGACUUUCAGCUUUUUCCACCAGAAUAUUUGAUCACCACCACCAUCAACGUCAGAACCAACAUCAGCAUCAACACCGUGCAGCUGUUCUUCUCGACUUGGAACCUUCAAAUCGACCCCCCGCCCAACCCAAUAAUAUUUGUAGGUACCGUGAGAAACGUCAAAGAAACAACGAAGCCGCCAAAAAGUCGCGCAUCAAUCGGAAAAAUCGCGAGAAAAGCCUCCAAGAUGAGAAUCAGCGGCUGAGAGUGGAGCUCGCACGAGCACACGAGGUUGGUAGAGUGGCUAAGAGUUCGCAUUACAAGUUUUGAGACCAGAUUUCGAGCCCUGAAGGCGUUUUUGCCUAGUUGUUUCAAUCUCUCGUUCAGAAAAUCGCCGACUUGAGCAAGCGACUCGGUUUCUGCGACUACGGAGGCGUCGCCGCGAAUGAAUCGACGACAGAUCCGGCGAUUUUGGAGUCGCUAAUGUCGCAGAACGUUUCCGCGAGGCCUUGCGAGGUUUCAAAACACUAAUACUUGGAAAAUACUAACUUUCUUCGGAAUUUCAGGUCCUCCGCGACGUCUCAAAUCAGCAGAACAUGAUGGCGGCCAAUACUUUCCAUUUCAACGUCAAUUUCAAUAAUCAACAACUUCAGAAAGGCGUUCUGAACUAA